ACUGCACAUAGUCCCAGCUCUCCUCCGCCUCCGUCUUCUCCGGGUCUGUGCGGUACUUUUGGAUCGUCUGCAGCACGAUGUCCUUCACCCUCCGCUCCAGCUGAGAGGCUGAGAAUGAGGCUGGCCCCCGCCCAUGUCCCCACCUCCAUCCGCCCCCGCCCACUCCCCAGUUGUCUCCGGGGAGUCGCCCGAAGGGUCCCUGAGCAUAUUUAUGUCGCCCUUCUGUCCCUCCCGGAGUGUCUGGCUAGAUGCUGCAGCUUAGAGAGGCGCGACAGUGGCGAGCCGUGAGGUGGGGCCUGGGGCCUGCGGCCUACUUAGGGAGUUGGGCACCCUGGGCCUUCCUGCGACAAGCGAGACUCCAGGAGGUUGCUUUGGGUGAGGCUGGGUUUCUCCCCCCCCACCUCCAGGAAGGCCCUCCCCAGUUGCCCCAGCCCCCUCACCCACAAAGGACACGAAGCUGGUCUUGUCGAUGAGUAUCCAGAUGCCGAAGCAGAAAAUCAGGCUGCCUAGAACCUGGGGAGAGGAGGUCAACACGGAAGAAGGCUGCAUCCCUGCAGUUGCAGGAACUAAAGUCCACCCAGGAUGACGACUGUUAAUAAAAACAUGGAGGCCCAGGAUAAGGAACCCUGGAUGUCUAGGACUUCGGAUUCCAAAUACCUAACUGCUACUACCUCAGUUUCCCCAGUCUUAAAGUCCGAGUUGUUGUCUGCUGAGGAACUGAAUGGGAAGAAAGAGAAGGUUGACACUCUGUCAUCACACAUUUGGUUUGAUGAAGAUAAUGAUGAAGCACUGGAGACCACAGACAAAGAUGAGCCAAAGGAUGAAGCCCCCACUGACCGGCCAUCCUGGGCCAGUAAAACUGAGUACCUCCUGGCCCAGGUGGGCUUCUCUGUGGGGCUGAACACCAUCUGGAGCUUUCCUUAUCUGUGUUUUCACAAUGGAAGUGGCAGCUUUCUCAUCAUCUAAGUCUUCAUGCUGCUCUCGGUCGGGGUUCCCCUUCUCUUGCUGGAGAUGGCAGCCAGUCAGAGGAUGCGUCAGGGCAGCUUGGAUGUGUGGAAGGCCGUCAGCCCCUGGACUGGCGGUUUGGGGUAUACCAGCCUCAUGGUGUGCUUCAUCACGGGCUUGUACUACAGCGUGCUCAUGGCCUGGGGAGCCUUGUAUUUGGUUCAGUCUUUGCAGUCUCCACCGCCUUGGGCUUCGUGUCCCUUACUGAGGAAUUCCAGUGAUUUUGGUGAGAAGAGAGGGAAAAGGGCAGGUGGGAGCGAGAUGGGUGGGCCGCCAGUAGUGCAUCUCAGUGUCUGUUUCUUUGCGGUCUGGUUCAUUACCUGCGUCUCCACGAUCAGAGGGCCCAGGGCCACUGGGAAGGUGAGCCGCCCUUUGAUGCUGUAUGUCUCAGUGACCCUUCCCUACAUCUGCCUUUCCUGUCUCCUUAUCCGGAGCGUCAUGCUGGAAGGCGCACAUUUUGGUCUCAAGAGUCUGUUGGCUGCCAAGGUGCCAGCCCUGUACUCCGAGGAAGUGUGGCGCCGGGCAGGGAACCAGCUCUUUCUGUCUGUAGGCUCUGGCUUCGGCAGCUUCACCGCAAUAAUCUACACCCCGUGGCCCAGCAACUGUGUCACUGAUGCUGUCGCUGUGGCUCUUCUCAGUCCGACCUCCUCUCUGGUGGUCACGUUGUUUGUAUUUGCCAUAACGGGCCACUUGGCUACAGAGACCAGCAAAAAAUGCUGCCUGAAGUGGAAUGCUGAGACAGUGAUGAGACUGGUAGCAACGCGGGUGCUACCUCCUGAGGUCCAGCCCCCGGAUAGUCUGUGUCAUCAUCCAGACCCCAUCUACUCCAUGUGGCUCGGCAACCUCCCUGAACAAGCCAGAAGCUUAGUCCUACCAUAUCUGUCCAAUUGCAGCUUAUCUGAGCAGCUGAAGGAGGUACGUAGUGGUCAUGGAGGGUCAGGUGUGGUCCUUGUGGCAUAUACUGGCAUCAUCUCUGUGUUUUCUGGAUCCACCUUCUGGUCCUUCAUCAUCUUCAUAUUGCUGGUGAACCUGGGGCUGUGCACCAUGACAAGGAUCAUGCAGGUCAUCAUUAUCCCACUCCAGGACACCUUCUCUUCCCUCAGGAAAUACACAAAGCUGCUCACAGUGAGUGCCUGUAUGUGUAUGUUCCUGUGCAGCCUUAUUUUUGCAUGGCCCUCUGGCAGCUACUAUGUGAACCUGCUGGAUGAAUACUGGGCAUCUCUGUGCCUCUUCUUCAUUCUCAUCUUGGAGAACAUGGCCAUGGCCGGGAUCUAUGGAGCCAGAAGGUGUUGCCCUCAGCCCAGGAUCUUCUGCCAUGUGCCCACACAGCCAGGGUCCCUAGGGAGCUUUGGCCUCUCCUGUCAGGUCUCCAAUCCCAGGCCUAUGGAGAGCCCCAUAAGGUUUCUCGCAGACCUCAGCAUCAUGCUGGGCCGCCCCGUCUCCCCCGUCUGUCGCUGGCUGUGGUGCUGUCUGUCUCCCGCCGUGCUGCUGGUCCUGUUUAUAACUACCCUGACCCAUCUGUCUCUGAAGACCAUCAACUACUUGGCGUAGGACUCAAGCACUCCUUUCGCUCCAGAGAACCUGGGCAUUUUAAGCCUUCCUCCCCUUUCUCCACAGUCCAAUGAGGUGAUCCGAACUUACCGGUCAUGGGCGAAAGUCUUGCUUGUCGUCCUCAUCGUCGUCCUCAUCUUUCCCGUCCCUGCCUACUUCUUGUACACCCUCGUUGAGGUGGCUUUUCCAGUCUCCAUGAUCCGCAGUAGGCCGCAGUAGGACCUUAAUUACCCUCAAACCCGAAGCUAAAGUGGGCUCACCGAAGGCCCUUCCACAGUUUCAAGUGAGGCAAAGCCUGAGGAAGACUAUUAAAAUGGAUAAAUUACCAGGGAAAGAACUUGCUGACAUGUAAUUCCUCUUGGAAAUAAAGACUUGGUUCAUUUGGCAAAACAUCACUUCUGUUUCAAAAUGUAACUCCCUGGCUGGCACUGUAGCAUUAGAAGAGGUAAACAUAGCAACUGCUAAUAUAACUUGACCCAAAGACCUUUUGUUUUCCUGGAUUGGGGACGUUUUUCUGGCCUGAUGGGGAUUAACAUAGCAGUCAUUCCACUCAUCUCCCACACUUUCCGUCACCAGAGGCCUAAUAAUGGUGUUCUUUGACUUCCAGGAUUUGGUUGCUAGUGACUGCUGACCCUGCUUCUCCUAGGCUACCUUCCUCUUUGAAUUGGUUCUAUGAGAUCUCAUCCCAACGAAAGUAGGGCAGAAAUGGUGCUGGUAAACAAAUCAGUUCGGUGGAGUUUUGCUUUUGUCAUAAAAAAAAAACGGUGCAACUCGCAGUCUUGACUUCCAUGGACUCUGUCAGAUUCAAAUGCUGGAAUCCCAGGUCUUCACUGCCUAGUGCUUCCUGUAAGUAAACUGGAUCAGAUAGAGAUAAUUUGCUCAGAAAAUAGUGGAUUCAUUGAUUAUGGCAAAGUGGUUAACUGUUAAUUGGUGACCUCCUCAUAUUUCUUAAAAACUUGAAAUAGUUGAUUACUUUACCAAGUCUACUAAGGGGCUUAAAACUUUAUACAACAUCUUUAUUUUUACUAAGGUGGUGUAGGAGCCUGCAGGAAGGAUAUUGGCAGGAAAUGAGGGGGAGAGUAGAGGUUGUCUGCAGAGACUGAACAAGACCCAAGGAGGAUUUCAUCUGGGGCAAUGUGACAUACAAUAAAUAAAAUUAGACCAACGAAAUACACCAUAUUAUAAGACGCCUAAAAUGUAACCUAAGAUAUAUCUCAACAGUCCUCUUUAAAUGCAUAGAUGAGUUUAGGAGAAAUUAAGGGAAAUCUCAAAGAGGCCACCUAUUACCUAAACUUGAAUUCAGGUAGGUAACCAAGUGUUAAUGCUGUUAACAAUUUUGGGACAAAUGCCACUCCCCAUAACUUUUGGUUUUAAAGGCUAAGCAAGACAAAGCCUCUGUGAAGACAAAGUCCAUGAAACAAAAGGACCUCCCCCUAAAUGAAAGCUGGAGGCUACCCUCUGUGAAAGAGUUUGAUAGCAAUAAAAUGUAUAUGUCUUGGUCCUGUCUCUGAUAA